UUAAAAUGAAUUAAUCAAUUAAGACAACCUUAGCACAUAGGUAUCUCUGUCGAGUUGAGUGGGACGCGACACGACACACCAUCACUGCUCCGUCCUCCGCCUCCGCCGCCGUCGCCCUUAACCUCGUCCUCCUUCUCUGACUAUGGAAAUUAUGAACAAUUCUUCGGAAUCCGAAACAGCGAUAUGGAAAGAAAUUGAGAUUUCAGAGAGCUAUCUUGUUUGUUCCAUGUACGAAGAAGCUGAAUCAUUAUCUUCUUCCAUUUUGAAACAAUUGCGCAAUGAUUAUUAUCAUGAUACACCCAUUUCACCAACUCAAGAUAUGUUUGAAUCAACUGCCAUGGUUCUUGUUCAAGCUUUCAAUCAACUUGGCAAGACUGCAGAAAUUCUUAAUCAACUCAGAGAGUAUUUCAUUUCACUAAAAGCUAUUCCUGCACAAGUUCUACUUACUGGAGCUUGUUUACAAAUUGGACAAGGUUCUACUUUGGGUGUUCGAGAAUUUCUUGAGGAGUUUCUUGAUGGAUGGAGUCUUGGGGAUGGACAAUAUGAUGCUGUCAUUGCAGAAGUAAAUGAAGAGCGUGAAAGUCGUUUCGAAAGGAACUAUGUUAUAGGAAUUGAUGAGUAUUUGGAAGUUGUUGAGGUCUAUGCCAUCAUACUUCUCGCUACGGUUUUAAAAGAGGUAGACCUUGCAGUUUCCUGGGUUGAAAAUGCUCCAUUGCCUGAGAAAAAUCGACAGGAACUGCUGAGAAGGUUACACUCUAUACAUUCUCUUAGAAGUACCACUUCAUCUGAAGUUGCCUCUCUGCAAUCACCUACAAAUAACAAUGAAACUUAUUCUUCGAAAAAAAUACACGAGUAUAGAGGAUCGCCUAGAGCCUUGACAAGCAAACAUGCAGUUGUCUCAAAACUGUCUGAACGAAUAGAGACAUGUUCCUGGUGUUUCCGUGCUAUUAACUUGAAGUUCGCUAAUGCUAAGAUUGUUGUACCUAGUGGGAAGAUUAUGCUUGGUUGUUUGAUUUUGUUUGCCUGUUAUAUUUUGAGAAGAAAGCAAGCUACUUUGAAAAGGAUUGUAAGAAGACAGGUGAUUGUGACGAAGAAGGCUUUGGUCGAUUUGUGGGAGCUUGCAUUUUCCCAUCAAGUUAAUCCUUUAGCAGCUGUUCAACCGCUCGCUACUGCAACACGUCAAGGUCAGUGAUGGUGUUGUUGAUCAAGCCUGACCUUCAUGAGUAUGCCGCAAGUAAUCCUCCAAAGAUCAUUUUGACUAUCCAUAUAGUUCUGGAAAGGCAAUAUAUCGUUUAAACAUAAAGAGUGCCGGCUUACGCUGAUCAACAAAGCCUUGAGGUUUUAGUGCUUUGAAUUUGUGUGAAAAGUUGCACAUGAUAAAUGCAUUAUAAUAUUCUCUUUACAAGGAAUGUUGAUUUUAGGCAGCCGUAGGGGAGCACACCCAGCCGGCGCUUAAUGCUAUGUUGUAAACCUUUUGCUUGGAGUAGCUUUCCUGUACCCAACAACUAGGCUAAACUGAAGCAACCAUCUACAAAACAAGAUGUUUUGUUUUUGUUUUGCUGAUGUGCAUGCUACGGGCCUAUAUAAUAGACUCAUUUUCACAAAUUCAAAUCAUCGAUAAAAUUUAAAUUAUUACAAGAAUACUUGUCAAUGUCGGGUAUAUACUGAUAAUCAAUGGCGAUUGGCGAUAUCUUCAAAUGUUUCA